AUGUAUACUUUAAAAUUAACAAUUAAAUCUUUACAAAAUUUAAAAAAUAUUAAAACAUAUUUAUUUAAAAUCCAACAAUUUUUAAAAAAUAAAAAUAUAAUAAUAAAAGGAAAUAUAUCUCAAAAAAAAAAAAAUACUAUAUAUACUGUACUUAGAUCUCCACAUGUAUAUAAAAAAUCAAGAGAACACUUUAAUUAUAAUUAUUAUAAACAAACUUUUCAUAUAUUAAAUGAAAAUUUAUACAUUUUAAUUUAUUUUUUAAUAAUUAUUAAAAAAAUAAUUCCUCAAAAUGUAUUAUUAAAAACAAAAAUUAAAAAAAAUUAA